GAAUUUUCAUCACGCCCAGUAUUGUUUACAUGCACGCCGGAUCCGUGGGUGUCGACCUCCUGGUAUGGACUGCGGCAGGAGUUGCAUCUCUGAUUCAGGGGCUUUGUAUGGCUGAGCUUGGUACAAUGCUACCCUUCGCUGGUGGGCCAUACGAAUUCGUCAGCGUCGCAGCCGAGUCCAUGGGAAGAGCCGGAGAUAUCCUUUCAUUUCUGUUCAUCUGGGUCUUCGUCCUCCUGGACCCAGCCGCCGUGGCAAUACACGCCUUGACAUUCACGAGCUACGCACUCAGUGGUGUAUACGGGACCUGCAGGCCACCGUACGCUGUUACAGCUUUGGUCACCGUAGGUGUGAUCGAACUUGCAGCUGUUGUGAACACCUUGUCUCUGAAAGCGUCCAUGAAACUUCAGAACAUGCUGUUCAUAAUAAAGAUUGCGAUUCUCCUGGCGAUCAUCUUCACUGGCAUCGCAUGGUGUUUUCGGGAACCAGCAUUGCUUCAUAAGUUCACGUUCGAUGGUCCGACUACGCCGGUGAAGAUAGUGGAAUCAUUCGCCGUGGCUUUGUUAACUAGUGCAGGAAGUUCCAUGGUCGCCUGCAUGGCGGAAGAGAUGACCGACCCUUCCCGCACAAUCCCACGCUCUCUUCUGGGCGGCACUCUCCUGGUGACCACACUGAUGGUUCUCACGAACGUGGCCUACUUCUCAGUUCUGGACUUGCAGGCGCUUGCCGAGUCGGAGGCGACGGCGGUCAUCUUCGCCCGGUCAGCGUGGGGGGCGGUGGGUGCUCUCCUCGUGCCCGUGAUCGUGUGCGUCUGCACUUUCGGAACCAUGAGUGCUGCUUUUCUCAGCAACAGUCGACUGCUAAUGGCGGCGGCCCGCAAGCGGCAUUUGCCUGCGGCGUUCGCUCUCAUUACUGUGAACUCCUCGCUGCCAGUCGUCGCCAUCGCGUGCAGAUGCUUCAUAUCCUUACUCCUCGCUGUCACGGGCUCUGUGGCCUUUUUAGCCAAAAGUGGUAUGAUAGGAUUUUGCGUGAUGGUUUUUCUGGAGAUGACGGCGAUGCUCAGGCUGCGUGUUACCAUGAAGGACGCCCCCAGACCAAUCAGAGUGCCCACGUGGCUCAUAUUGGUGAACAUUGCCAUUUGCCUCACGAUUGUCCUGGUCCCGCUCAUGGCGGCGGGGGAAGUCUUGCCCUACGUAAUCGCGGUAGGGAGCAUACUGACGGGAUUCCCCGCUUACUUCGUCUUGAAGGCACUCCAGCGUUCAAACUGUGGAAUCCAGGUGAACAGAUGUUUGCAGAAAGUGACGUUUGGUGUACCCAGUGUCCGGCAGUGAUGUGCAAAGUGUGGAACUGCGUGAACAUAUUGUUCUGUUUUUUUUUUUCAGCACACGUUUCAGUCUAAUAUAUAAUAACGCGACAGUCUUGUGAAGCUUAUUUCACUAAUAUUCCGGCGUCACUGUCAGCAUCCUUAGUUCGUGAUUUAGAAAAUGUAACAUUGCCCGGGGGCGAAUGUUCAAAAGGUUGCAAAUAAAUAAAAAGUGACAAUUCUUGG